CGCGCUUACUUUAUAAACUCGUUUCUCGCGGCUGGCAGACAAACGCAACAGUUGGAACGGAGCAAGAAUCUGACCGCGACCGCAUAACCACCAGCGCUGUGUGUUUGUCGCCCGAUAAACUGACUGGUUCUGCAGUGUAAUAAUAAUAAAACAUGCGAAUAUACUAAGUUUGUUUAGCGCCCGAACGCGCGCCUCCGCUCCUCCGUCACACUUGCCUCACAUUGGGCUCUUCGGCCAGCCUGAGGUCGGACGCGCGACGGUCAAGCCAAGCGGUCGGCGCUCUGCUCCGUUUCCACUGGAGACGCUGUGCGCGGGCGCGCCGGGAGCGGCGGUGGAUGUCCGAGGAGGUUGCGCGCGUCCCCGCCGCUGUGAAUGUCUGUGCAGGGGUCCGGCUGGCUCUGCUGCAGGCUCGCGCUGCUCGGACGAGGCUAUGGACGCAAAGAGGAGGAAGAAUCACUUGAGCUGCGCUGCAAAGAGGAGCCCGCGUGCAACGGCAGGAGCCCACAGGAGGUGACUGUCUGCCAACCUUCACGCACAGCCAAUGGAGUGAAGAGCCAGCCAGAUCUGCCAGAGGAGAUGAGGGGCCUCAACAGUUUGACGAAAUCUGACAAGUCAGAGAAGAGUCAGGCUGGCCUGGAAUGGGAUUCAGACUUUGGGGUCAAAGGCUGGCUGUACCGGGAGGUGCGGGGGAGCUGGAUUCGGCAGCGUCGGCACUGGUUCGUCCUCACCGAGGACUCGCUGGACCACUACAGCGGUCACGAAAAGGGUUCGCGGCAGCUGGGCAGCCUGGUCCUCACCAGCCUCUGCUCCGUCAUCUGGCCGGACAAGCAAACUUACAAGGAAACCGGCUACUGGAGCAUCACGAUAUACGGCCGCAAACACUGCUAUCGGCUCUACACCAAACACUUCAAUGAGGCCACGCACUGGGCGUGCGCUAUCCAGAAGGUCAUUGACGGCAAGGCGCCGGUGGAAACGCCCACGCAGCUGCUGAUUCGAGACAUUGAGAAAAACAAGUCCGACCUCGAGGUGGUGGAGCAGAUCUACCAGCAGAACCCCAUCCUGAGGUACACCCAGAGCCCACUCUACGCCCCCCUGCUGCCUUUUCCUUACGGGGGUGUCGACCAUACCUAUCACAACGGGAAGGGCUACAGCGCGCUGCGUGACGAGGCCGUGAAGCUGUUCCACUCGCUGCAGCAGCUGGAGGUGCUGCAGGACCCGGUGGCCCUGAUCCAGGGAAUGCUCCAGACCUGCUUGGACCUGCACCCGCUGCGUGAUGAGGUCUACUGCCAGCUCGUGAAGCAGACCACUGGGACAGACAACCCCAACACGGCUGUCCAACUGCGCUACUGGCAGCUGCUCACCUGCAUGAGCUGCACCUUCUUGCCUGGGUUACCUGUGCUGAGUUACCUGCAAUUCCAUCUCAAAAGGGUACAAAGGCGGUGGCCCGGAACCGAAGCGGACAGCUAUGCAUCCUUCAUCCGGAAGGCUCUGGAGAAGACCCGGUGUCGGGAGCUCGUGCCGUCCUGGGAGGAAAUCCGGGCGCUCGUGAGACGGCGGGAGAUGUUGUGUACGGUGCACCACCCGGGGCCCGGUUCCUGCCAGCUCCCCAUCAGCUCGCACACCACUGCCGAUGAGCUGGUGAUGAAGAUGCUGGAGCGCCUGGGCUUGCAAGAGAGCCGGAACACCUUUGCGCUUUUCGAGCGGAGCAUCCACCGGGAGCAGGUCGUAGGGGGCAGCACCAUCGUUGCUGACAUUCUGACCAAGUUUCAGAAUCUCUCCGCCAAGGAGCCAGAGUCAGAUGCGCAAAGACGACUCUACUUCAAGUUGUACUGCUUCCUGGACAUGGAGAGCAUCUCCUCUGAGAGCGUUGAAUACAUUUUCCUUUUUGAGCAGUGCCAUGAGAUGAUGGUGCGAGGACAUCUCCCCACCUCGGAGGAGGACCUUCAGGCCCUGGCCGCCCUCCGACUGCAGACGCUCAUCGGAGACUUCACCACCCAUUCACCUUGUCCACCCCUGGAUGAGCUCUUCCCCCGCCACGUGGUGGAAGCUCGCAUCCUGCUGACGCCGAAAUCCAUCCAGCCACCCGGUGACGCCCCAGCCGUCCCUCACGUCGUGGCCCCCGGCGGUCCGCAGUGUUUCUGCAGCGGUUUCAGGACGCUGUGGGGUCACGCAGCUGCUGCCGCCCACAAGCAGAAGGCAGAGCAGGACCUGCGACUGCGAAGCCGGUUGAAGGAGGAGGGGGUGCUGGUGAUGGGAGCCAUAAUGGAGCGUUGGAAGGGUCUGGCUGGCUACAGCCAGCAGGAGAGCAUGGCUACCUACCUCAGCAUUGCCAAGCGCUGGCCUGGGUUUGGCUGCACGCUGUACGACGUCGACUUCUACAUUAGCUCCACGGGCAGCUUCUGCCAGAAGUUGUGGCUGGGAGUGUCAGCCCAGUCCCUGUGUGUGUACAAGCAGGGCGAGCCAGAGCCUCUCGAGACCUUCCCCUACAGCCAGAUCUCUUCUUACGGAGCAUCUGACAGCAGCACCUUCAAGGUCGCCACUGGGGACUGCAACCUGCUCUUUGAGACCAGCAAGCUCCGUGAGAUUGUGCACCUGAUAAACGCCUACUUCAGGGCCACACGCCACCGCGGAGGACAGGAGCCCGGGGCCGAGAUGGAGGGAGGCGUCGGGAGCGAGUCUCGCAGCCCGUCUAAGGGGAACACGUAGCGAGAGACGAGCCCCGGCUCUGCGAGGGCAGCGACCCACAAACGGAAGAGUGCAGACCCCCCCCCCCUUUGUGUCCCGACGCAAUACAGCCUGUGAACACAUGGCUCCGAAUGGAGAUGAAGUAAGGAAUUUGUCACUGAGAGAUACGACUUGAGAAAGCGUGCCGCUGCGCAGGACAAACGCCCAUAAGUGUAGGGAAGGUAUGCAGUAGUAUUAAGAGUCAACCAGAACUAUAUUAACUCUGCUAAACCAAAUGACCUGAUUUUCUUUAUUUUUCAAAAGCUAAUGUCAUGCAAGUGAAGGAAACACCGUCCACCUUAAGACACGUGUAGUAACACUAGCUCCGCUCUUUAUUAUGUGCAACUGACUGCAAAAAGUGCUACAGCAGCACACCUACCUCUCUGCAGCCUGACUAACGUGCACUUGCGCUUUCCCAGGCUCUCACCUGCCGCCGUAAGAGUAUAUUAGAGUACAAGAGUUUCAUCGGUUAUCCUUACCGUUGCACUCUGGAUGCUUGAAGCUGUGUAAGCAGACAACACGUUUUUUACCAUUUAACAUGGUGUCCCAAUUUGGCAGCGCUGAGACUACACUGACCCACACCUCACCGGUUUUACCCUGUCUAACAUCUGCUGAACUAACAAUUUAUUUAUAAUGUCAGUUAUUUGUACUUUUUGUAUUGUGUGAGGAACUUUAUUCAUUUUUUUAAUGUCUCUAAGCAGCAUUUAAUUUUUCUUGUAAUAUCCUGUUUAAGGAUUUAUCAAACUUGGAUUUUUAAAGUUUAUAGCACCCCCUGGUGGCCAUGCUUGCUUUUCCUAUUUCUCAUCAACUACUAGCUCCAAGUUUGAUCCAAGGACCAAGAAAAGUGAGUCUUUCUCCACUUCUUAAAUUUUUGUUAGUGAGCAGUGCGGCUGCCUGCACUAGUUAUGCAAAUUUCUACAUUCCAUCUAUAUCUAACAACAGAAAUCAGCCAAUUGAUCCCAUCAGUGUUUGCCAUUUCUUCUAGAUGGAAAAUAUCUUUGUGCAUUGCAAUAGUCCUGCAAAUCUAUAAGGCAACUGUAAGGUGUCAAUAAGUGGUUUUUUUCUGCACCCACAUUAGCCAAGAUGACACUUGUACUCAUUCAUACUGACUUUAAUUUUCAGUCACAUAGUUUUACAAUUUUAAGUUGCAUUUGAAUUAAAUGGCCCAGUUAACAACUCGAUUAACUUCCCAAAGCAACAAGUUAGGUGCCUAUACAUAUAUAUAGAGAUUUUUCAUCUAGACCUUUUAAUCAGACAGUGGACUGGCACAGGUUGCCUGAGCCUCUAUUCACAAGCCAGUGACUUUGAAUUGAAGCUCAGAGAUCUGAUCUCCUAUAUGUCUGUCACUCCGUUG